CUUCAGUUCUGCGGCGACCAUCGAAUGGUCAAGUUCGGCGUUUCCUUUGUCCCCCCAGAGUGUGUGAACAGUGUGUUUCUUGGGCUGCGAAAGUGUUUUGUUUCAGUGUGACUAAGCUGAAAUUCUCGGGAUAGGCGGUAGAAAAUAACUUUCUUAAUUAGGCCCCAGUGAUACUCUAAAGAUGGCCAAGAUCAACCUUUUAAGACACCUUUUCCUAGCCUUGAUGCUAUACAGUGUGGCCACGGCCAAGGAACAUCUGCGUAUCCGAAGACAAGCUGUGGAAUCUGUGACCGCAGCACUUCCGAAUGCCAGUAAGAUUAUUGCUUCCGAUGAGAUUGAGACCCAGACAGAAGUGCCCAGUUUGAAGGAGAAACCCACCGAGAUCAAUAAGACGGAGAAGCCCAUUGAAACAGUCGAGACCCGGAAUUCAAACUUCGACUUGUCGGCCAGUUCGGAUUCGUCCAGCCCCUUGGGUUCCGAUGAGGAUAAUGUCUACUAUGAUAAUGCGCCAAUCGAUUGCAAUCCUGAGCUUGUGGGCUUUGAAAUUGUGACAGGAUAUGUCUUCUCGGCUCCCGAGAAACUGAUGGACUCCCAGCCGGGCACACUAAUGCUCACCGAUUGCCUAGACACCUGUAGGAAGAACAAAACCUGCCAGUCAGUCAACUAUGAGACGGGACUUUGCGUGCUCUUUUCAGCACAUGCCGAUCAAUUACCGGGUGCCCUAACCAAGUCGCAGUUCCCCGUAUUCACUAUCUAUGCCCAAAAAUCAUGCCUCUCCGUGAAGCCCUGUUCGCGAGCCUGGUACGUCGAUCGUGUGCAAAACUAUAAGCUCAAGACGGAAGUUAAGCGUACCGUGUCGGUGGCGUCAAGACGCGAGUGCUUUGAACUUUGCCUAGGUGAAACCGAAUUCACAUGCAGAUCUGCCAACUAUGAUCGUGUCUCUGGUGCCUGCGAGCUAAGUGAGCUGGAUCGCUUGACGUUAGCCGGCUCCAGUGCCUUCCAGACGAGCGAAGGGACCGAUUACCUUGAAAAUCACUGUGUCGAUGAACCCAAUAAGCUGUGCGAAUUCAAACGUCUGCGUGGUCGCAUUCUAAAGACUGUGGACUCGGUUUAUCAAGAAGUCAGCAGCAUUGAUGAGUGCCGGGAGCUGUGCCUUAAUUCGCCCUAUAGGUGCCACUCGUACGACUACAAUGACACGGGGGACAUGGUCUGCAGACUGUCCCAUCACAGUCGUGCCACUUUGGCCGAUGUGCAGGAACCCUUCUUGGAGGUUCCCGAGGCGUCGACCUAUGAGCUGACUUCCUGCUACAACGUAACCAUCGAGUGCGGCGGUGGCGAUAUGCUGGCACGUAUCCGCACCUCCAAGCUGUUCAGCGGCAAGGUGUACGCCAAGGGAUCGCCCAAGUCCUGCUCGGUGGAUGUGAAGAGUGCCCUGGACUUUGAGCUGCGGAUGAACUAUCACGAUCUGGAGUGCAAUGUGCGGCAGAGCACGGCCGGCCGCUAUGUGAACGACAUAAUUAUCCAGCACCACGACAUGAUUGUGACAUCCUCCGACUUGGGCUUGGCCUUGGCCUGUCAGUACGACCUGGCCAACAAGUCGGUGAGCAAUGGCGUCGACCUGGACGUGCGCGGGGACAUCAUGCCGGCACUUUCCGAGGAGGUAAUUGUGGAGUCACCCAACGUCAUCAUGCGGAUCACCUCACGGGAUGGCUCCGAUAUGAUGCGCUCCGCCGAGGUUGGCGACCCCCUCGCGCUCAAGUUCGAGAUUGUUGACGAGCAGAGUCCCUACGAGAUCUUCAUCCGGGAGUUGGUGGCCAUGGAUGGCGUGGAUAACUCGGAAAUUACCUUAAUUGAUUCAAAUGGCUGCCCCACCGACCACUUCAUAAUGGGGCCAAUUUACAAGGGCUCGGUUUCCGGCAAGGUGCUGCUCUCCAACUUCGAUGCCUUCAAGUUCCCCUCGAGCGAGGUGGUCCAGUUCAGAGCCCUGGUUACGCCAUGCAUGCCCAGCUGUGAGCCCGUCCAGUGCGAACAGGAGGAUACCAGUGGCGAGUUUAGGUCCCUCUUGUCCUAUGGCCGAAAACGCAGAUCGCUAAACACCACAGAUGAUCAUCCCAGACCACGUCGCGAUAUAGACACUUCAAAGAAGUCCGCUCCCAGCGACAUGCUGCUGGUUCAAUCCAUUCAGAUCACUGACAAAUUCGGAUUUAAGCAAGAUAAGCAAGAAAACGGAGAUUAUUAUGACGGAAAUGAAACCACGUUUACGGCCAACGAGGAGGGGCAUGGAUUUUGCGUUAACGCUAUUGGUCUUAUUACGGCUGCCACUAUUUUCCUGCUAACUCAGUUGGCAGUGAUCGCGAUCUGGACCUAUUGCUACCAACGUCGUCAGAAACUGCAGCCGUAUCAGCAUUCUUACUAAACAGAAACAAAAGCAGAAACAGAAACAGAAUCGCAUAUUCUUAUAUAUUAACACAUAACGUCUAAGCUUCAAACGGUGCAAUCAAUAUUUACGCAAUGUUAUGCUAAUUAACUACGAUUAGCUAAGAAUACGAAUACCCGUCGUCCUGAUACAACCAACAUCCGCUAUUAGCCUCAUCUAGUCAGUGCACGAUUUUAGAGAAAAUGAAAUUAUAUGUGUCUUGUUCGUUCGGUGGAAUUCAGAGUUCAGAAUUCAGCAUUCAGAAUUCAGAUUGUUUGCAUUGCAGCCAUGGCGUUUUGAAACAACACUCGAUCGUGUUAGGUUUGUGUAUUCUUCAGACAGAUUCCCAACUUGCAAAGGAAGUUCGACCCUUAUAGCUGCCUUGAACUUCUUUUGUGACUCCGGAAGUUGAGUGGUUGACAUUUGUAAAAACUAAUGCAUAUUACAUUUACUUUUUUCGAAUUAACACCCUACCUGUAUCUGUAUCGAAUGCGACUUAGUUUAGUUAAGCACUAUAAUUUAUUACAUAUCAAUGUUCAGUUUAAUGUUUGCAUUGGACCCCUUUAAUUUUAUGGAACGAAACUCAUUUUAUUAUUAUUAAACAUUAAGACUUUUAAUGAA